AUGUCCCACCGUCGCACAGCCUCCAAUAGCACCGUGGAUGAUGCCGACUACCAGCAGCACACACCCACGCUCGACCACGACCUUCUCUCCUCACUACCCAUCGCCCAACCCGUUACCUCGAACGAGACUGCAGUGUCCCUAAUCGAAUCUCCAUCACCCAUUCAACCUUCAGAAGGAACACCCUCCACAACAGCAGCACCAGGAGCAGGAGUAGGAACUAGAACUGGAACCGCAGAAGCAACGUCGCGUCACAAAUCCACCUCCCACUCUCGGCCCCAAACCCUCCUCACAAAAGCCCUUCUCUUCUACAUCAAGGUCUUCCGUGUGCUCCAACCCCUGGUCUCCCUCUGCGCCGUUGGCACCAUCGCCCCCGUGCUCUCCUACUUUCAUACCCAAACCAUCUUCCCAGCCAUCCAAGCGACCCUCUAUGUCUUCACCGCGACCCUCGCCUGCUGUUCUCUCUUCUUCGGCAUCAUCUAUCUGGUGGGCGUCUUCUUCCACAAACCCCUCUUCUGGCCGUUCACGAACCGUCACUUCCGAAAGACGAGUAAAGCGAGGAUCGGAGGUGAUUUAAUCGUCUGUAUGGUCUUUUGUGGACUCUGGUUCCUGUCCAUGGUCGGGUUAGUCAUCGAUACGAUGUUGGUCGACUGUGGGAAGCUCACGGGGUUGGAGACCGUGCUGCUGGAGAACCAUUUAAGUCUGAAGAAGAUCAAGACGGUCUGUCGGCUCGAGAAGGCGACAUUUGGACUCGCCGUCAUCAGCUGGGCUUGCUGGAUGGGUGUCCUCGUCGUCUUGUUUUACGGGCACUUCUGGAAGAGACGUCAGGUACUCGCAGAACGCUUGCGGGACAAAAUGACACGAAAACGAGCCUCGAAGGCCGGUGCAGGGAUGAGCUCAGCCGUCUCGGCAGAUGCGGGGGCAAUUCAGACAGGAGGAUCUGCACGCUCUAACAGGAGCGGUCUCGGCCUCGGCAUCGACCAUGGUCAAGGAGUCAGCGGAGCUCAUGUGGGAUCAAGUCAGCAGCAACACCAGCAGCAGCAGUCCGACGGCUGUGGUUGUCAGGAUACGGAGGGUGAGGUUGGACUUUCAGGGGUCAUCUGUCGAUACGACGAUGACCAGAACUCGACCAUCAGACGAGGAGGGUACUCAAACUCUGAAGCAGCUGCUUGA